AUGGACACAGAGCAACGUCAGGAAGGAGAAGAGACGCCCCAGGACGUGCAAGUAGAACUGUCCACCAUGCCCGAGGCGCAAGUGCUCGAGCCCAGCGAGGUCCUUGCUCCCCAAGCAAGUAAGAGAUCGCAGGACAGCCCAUGCUGCAGGAUCUCUGCCGUUGUCUUUAGCAUCCUGCUGAUGGGAGCAGGCGGCGUGCUGAUCGGAUAUGGUAUCUACCAUUCCAAGAUCUGGACACGAACGAUGAACACUGCUUGCUACAAAAGUGUUGAAUUCAUGUACAGCUGCUCAGAUGCCAAGGCCAGUUAUGUGUUGCCGUACUGCGACGACGUCGUGGUGAACGCGACCUGCAGGACUGCCACAUGCAAGGAUCUGUGUCCUGAUUCAAACGCGAGCCCGAUUGUGCCUGCCAACUUGGAUGUCUCUCAGGUAGAGAAAACGUGCUCUGGACCUUACCCUGUCUAUAUGACUGCUGCCGAGACUACGUGGAAGGCAUGCUCGGAGGCGCAGAUCAAGAGCAUCGUAGUGUCUUCAAACACUCCAAUCUACAAGGCCAAGUACACAGAUCAUGGAUACUUGUACUCCCAGUGCAAAUAUGAGAUCCAGAAAGAUCCCAAGGCUGCCGAUGUGGAGGAAUCUGUCAAGAUGGUAGUGCUCCUUAUUGGGUGUGCUGGCCUGAAGUUGCUGCCAAGUCUCAUCGUUUGUGUGUCUGUCUUCAGCAUCUUGCUCUGGCUGCCUUACCUUGCCUUCGGUGUUCUCUUGAUCAUUGCGAGGAUUCUCAUCGAGGAUAUUUGCAAAGAAUUUCGUAAUUCCGUCUGCACAACCUCCUCAGAUAUUAAGAUCAGCGGGCUCAAUUGCGACAUCAACGUGGCCUGCCAGGGCGUUGACUCUGUUUGUGGCAUAGCCAAGAACUUCUUCUUGACUAUCGGCAUCCCCUACGCAGCAGCCGGUAUCAUCGUCUUCUUCUACCAGUAUUUCUGCUGCUCCUGCUGCAGUGGAAGCGCGUUCAGCUCAGGGGGUGCCAGCAGCACGAAGAAGCAGAAGGAUGUGGAGAAGGGAUUUGACGACUUCGAGGCUCCCUUGGAGGAGGAAGGAGAGGACCCAGCAGACCCAGUCGUAAGUGCUGAACUUGCAGUACUUGACCAUGGAGAUGGGGCAGUAGAAUAUUCAAGGGGCGAAGCAGGAGGUGCAGCAUAUGCAGGCGAGGCUCUUCCUGAUUACGAAGAAGCGACGAGCCACAAGCAUACAGGAGUCACUGGCAAUACCGAAGACAAAAAUGUUGCAAACACCCAAGGGGAGGCCGAGGCAGAAUCGCCCAAGGAACCGGAGCCGCUGGAAGGAGCCUUGAACUCCAUCGGAGAGUUCUGGAAGCAGAUCGAAGAGCUUACAGGGCUGAGACCCAAGUCAGAGGGGCAGACGAGCAACUCCAGCGCAAACUCUGGCUCGUGA